AUGACAAUUGCAGAGCUUAGACAAAGAUUGCUUACAAAACGACAAAGAGAAGAUGAAGAGCGUGUGAAUUUGAUACGUCAGAAUGAUGAAUUAAGAGAAGAGAAUCUUAGAUUGCAAGAACAGAGAUCGACAAAUGCUACACGAUCCAGGUCGAGAUCAAGCAGGAGUUCAUCAAAGGAAAGUCGAUCUAAUCAAGAAGAUACUAGGCGAAGACAACGCAUGGAAGCUAUUGAAGAAAACAUGCAAAUAGAUGAUAAUCCACAGGACCAACAAAGGAGAAGGGAUGUAGUUCAAGAUUUGGGAACUAAUCGAUAUGAGCAUCCGCGUGAACUUCUACGUCGCACAUAUAAUGAUUUUGAAAGAGAAGAAGAGGAUCGGAGGCAAGCGCAAAUGAUAUUACAUGGAAUAGAAAUAUUAAGGGAAGAAAUUGAAGAGAGAGAACUACAAGAAGCAUUACGCCAAAAUAAUCAUGGUUACCGAGUAAGGUGGCGCGAACGUUGUCGCAUGAAUUAUAUAGAGCAAGGAUGGGUUGCACCAAAAGAAAGAGAAAUGUCAAGACAUCGACAUGAUCGCACAGGUGAAGAGGAACGACAUGAUAGAGCACAUAUCGAAACGAACACUGGCAGGCGUAGGAGAAGGAGAGAAGAAGCUGAAGAAUAUGGGAUACAAGAGGCAGUACAUUUGUUAUAUACACAAAUCUUUAGGAUAAAGGAUACAAUAACAAUGUCAGAGUUGCGCGAAUUUGAAGAAGAGUACAUAGCACUUGAGGAGAAACAAAGAGAUAUGGAGUCAUACCCGGUUGCGGUACCUGAUGCGAAAGGUGGAAAUGCAAGUUUACUCCCAAGACUGUCAAAUGUUGUUGCGAGUACAUCGCUGGGAAACCAAGGAAGGAAUAUUACAGAAAUGGAACAAAAGCUAAUAGCCAUGGGGAGUGCAGAUCAAGCAGAAUUUGAUAAAGAGUAUAGAAAUAGACAAUUUCAAAAUCAUGGAGGUAGUAAUAAGAUUCAAAGAGUGGAUAAUCCGCCAGAAAGUUCAGAAGGUCAACAACCAUAUUAUAAUAAAAGACAAUGA